AAAAUGAGUAUCAAUCUGACAACAAACCUGAGCUUUGGGACUCUGCUGACUGACUCUGAGGAAAAACAAAGAAAUGGGCUUUCUAGAACAGGUCACACGGUUGUGGCAGUAUUCCUGGGUUUAAUACUUAUUUUGGGUUUCGUCAAUAACUUCAUUGUGCUCGUCCUCUUCUGCAAGUUUAAAGUCCUUCGAAAUCCUGUGAACAUGCUUUUGCUGAACAUCAGCAUCAGUGACAUGCUGGUUUGCCUUUCAGGUACCACAUUGAGUUUUGCAUCCAGCAUCCGAGGCAGGUGGAUUGGAGGAUACCAUGGGUGCAGGUGGUAUGGUUUUGCCAACUCUUGUUUUGGUAUUGUGUCUCUGAUUUCCCUGGCCAUCCUAUCUUACGAGCGCUAUAGGACCCUCACCCUAUGCCCCAGACAAGGGGCAGACUAUCAGAAGGCACUACUGGCUGUUGCUGGCUCAUGGAUGUAUUCUUUGGUCUGGACUGUACCACCUCUGAUUGGCUGGAGCAGUUAUGGAACUGAGGGAGCAGGGACAAGCUGUUCAGUGCACUGGACCUCGAAGUCUGUCGAAUCUGUGUCAUACAUCAUGUGUCUCUUCAUCUUCUGCCUGGUCAUCCCCAUCCUGAUUAUGUUCUACUUCUAUGGACGACUUCUAUAUACAGUCAAGCAGGUUGGGAAAAUCAGGAAGACUGCUGCUCGGAAAAGAGAAUAUCAUGUCCUCUUCAUGGUGGUCAUGGCUGUCAUUUGCUACCUAAUUUGCUGGGUACCAUAUGGGAUGAUUGCAUUACUUGCUACAUUUGGCCCCCCAGGAGUGGUGUCACCGGUGGCCAAUAUUGUACCAUCAAUUUUGGCAAAGAGCAGCACUGUAUGCAACCCAAUCAUCUAUAUACUUAUGAACAAACAGUUCUACAAGUGUUUCCUCAUCCUCUUCCACUGCCAACCUGCUUCACCAUGCCCCUCUAAGGUCACAGUGAUUCAGCUGGGCCAAAGGAAGAACAAGGAAGCGUCACAUACUGUUCAAGACCUUCCUGAAGUCAGCAGAAAGCAGUUGUGCCUCCUGAGCCCAGAGUGCAGUGUGGCCCCAGCCUCAGAACACCCACCAGAGAAGAUGGACGAGACUCCUUUGUCUGAAUAA